GUUGUCGUAUGGCGAGUUAGGAGCCGAGCUGAAAUGUGUUUCUAAAAUGUGAAUACUUCAACGAAGACCUCCGCAGCUUUUAAGGUCACGUGUAUUUGGAUGUAUUCCUAGUCUCCAGAUUCGUGUGGAUGCUGUCAGCAGACAGACAUGCAGGAGGACGUAAGCACUCAGAUGUCCUGGUUAUCCAGCCCUGUGUACAGUCGAUACUGGCAGCACUACCAGCAGGCUAUGGCCUGGCAUCAGAGGCACAGGCGAGCUUACCAGAAGGCCCUAGAGGCGGCUUACGGCCCCAUCCACCGCCAACGGCAGCAUCCCGGCAGCCGAAAGCGCUAUGCUGACUGGCACGCCAGCGAAAGUGACAGUGAAGAAGAGGAGAGCAGCUCAGACAGUGAGAUUGAAUGCGACGUCAGCAACAUGGAGAUCAGCGAUGAGCUUCGGCAGUAUUUUGCCCAGACAGAGAAACACAGAGAGGAGUUAAGGAUACAGCAGCAAAUUGAAGCUGAGCAACACGACACCUACGUCCCGGCCGACCAGGACCUGCGCAGUGUAUCCUGGCGAACCAGUGUGGCCCCGCCCUCCGAGCGGCCAGGCGAGAGGCGUGGGGCUGAGAUGAAGAAGCUGUAUGGCGAGGAUGCUGCCAAGAUCCUGGCCAUGGAGGCAGCCAUGCAGCUCACAUUUGAUAGGAACUGUGACCUCAAGCAGCCCAAAUACUGGCCCGUCAUCCCUCUCAAACUUUAGCAUCACAUACUGUAUACUGUCAGGCAGGCUUGUAUACAUGGAGGGGACAAUGUGUGCACUGCCGAAUGAGAGUCGUUUCAGCAGACUUAAUGCUGUGAUGUUUCUCACAGGUGAUGAGGGACGAAGUCUGCCUGCAUGUUUUUGUUUGUGUCCCCCAGCUGGCCAAUGUUUCAUGGUGCAAUAGUUCCUCUAAUGUCAACUCAGUUCAAACACACAAAAAGCCAUCCUGCAUGGCUGACUCCGAAAACCCACAUUCAAACAAGCGCCAGCAGCAGCGCCUUGUUGUGGCUUUGAAACGCCUCUGUCAACUAUCUGCCUUUGACCGUCUUGUCUUCCUAAUAAAGUUAGCAUUGGA